GGAAGGAUAUCAAUAUCAUCAUGAUGUAUAUUCUCUUCUUCAAUCUCCUGUCAGUGGCUGUUGCCCUACCAAUGUUCCAUGAUGACACGGGUGAGAUGGAGUUACCUUACCUAGUCUACCUGAGAUCCAGCUUCCAACCUUGCACUGGGACUCUUAUUCAUCCACAGUGGGUAGUGACAGCUGCUCAUUGCUACUUACUGUGCCUCAAAAUCAUCUGGCAGGAUUAUACCUUCAAUGACCGGCAGCCCACUGAGCAAGAGCUACCUUAUGAAAAGGUCAUCAGUCACCCGAAUUUCACUUCCAUUUCUUCUGAACAUGAUAUCAUGCUGAUCAAGCUGGCCACAUCCAUUCAAUUAACAAAAAAAGUUUCAAAGUGUAAAAUUGCCUCCUGAAGAUAACAAUAUGGAUACAGAGUGCAUCCUUUCAGUCUGGUCAUGGAGUGAUAAUAAUUUCAGAAGUCUCAGCUUCUCCAGCCAUAUGUGAUGGAUUCUUACAGGGGAUUUUGUCCUGGACUGAUGGGUGUAUCCUCACCAAGGUCCAUAGCUAUGUCUCCUGGAUCAAGAAGAUUACCUCUACAGACUGAGUUUCCUUUGACCUCUUUGAUCCCCCUGGAAACUCACACCCUGUCCCUAUGAUGUACAUUAUGGGAUUUAGAGCCCUGACUUUGGACCCUGUCUCUGGUUACAGAACAGGGUCCCAGCAGAGGACUCUGGUUCUACUUCUGUGUCCCUGUCCCUCUUGUGACUCUCCAUUUCUUCGAUACUGCAAACAUCUGGAAACUCCUGGACUUGAUCAAAGAGUGAGGCUCAUGUGGAAAGAGAUAGAUCCCUCCAAAAUCUCAAAUAUAUUGUUUUUUAUUUAUAACCCCCCUCUGUGU